AUGUCAGACUUAAAGACAGAAACAGGCCCAUCAGUUUUAAAAUCUGAAGUGGAAAAAGCCAUACAUCAAACCAAAAACAAUAAAGCAAGUGGACCAGAUCAAAUAUAUAAUGAAUGGCUAAAAUUGUUAAACAAUGAAAAUAUAAAUGAACUUAGUGUGUUGUUUAAUCAGGUAUACGAUACUGGUCAUAUUCCAGCAGACUGGCUAAAAUCUGUCUUCAUUCCUUUGCCUAAAACAACAAAUGCUAAAGAAUGUUCAGACUGUGAAUUUGAGUGCAGCUACUGUUCAAAGUCCUUUAAAAUUAAACAGAGAUUGGAUAACCAUAUCAGAGUACACACAAACGAGAGACCUUACAAGUGCGACUACUGUUCUAAGGCUUUCAAAACAUGGAUACACCGAAAAACGCAUCUCGCUGUUCAUUUAGGUAUAAAGAACUAUCAAUGUCGUUUCUGCUCGAAAGCCUUUACAUACGCCAGCACAUUAAGAGGCCACGAAAUGAUACACACGGGUGAAAGACCAAGCACGUGCCCGGAAUGCAAAAAAGGCUUUAUAUCGACGUCGGCUAUGAAGAAACAUCUGAUGACGCAUUUCCGCGGAAGACACGCGAACAAGAGUGCAGUGUUAGACAUUCAAAAGAAGGAAGAGCCAGAUAUGGAAAUAUCGUAUAUAGAUAAUGAAAUAUACAUGGAAAGUGGUACAAAUGAGAAACAAUUCGUGAAGAAAAAUCAAGUGUGA